AUGGAUAACGGGGGAAUCAGAAAAAGAAAAGAUGCGAAAGAGAACAGAGGAAACGUGCAAGGUGGGAUGAAUUUCCCAACAAAUGAAGCCGCGGCAAAUAACGACAAGUGGAGCGGAGGCAGUGUGACAAAAGGGAAAAAUGAGCACUGGGAUUUGAACAGAAACCCAUUGUGGUCGCCCUCAAAUAUGGGUUCAAGCGCGAGGAGGGACUCAUCAAGCGAUAACUCCAAGUCGGGGAAAAAGAAAUCUCUAGGCAUAUUCAAAAGCUCCAACAUCAGUGCUAUAUCGAAUAACUGCAUGAAAUCGUUUAACAAUAUGUUGAGUAAUAUUAACUACAACAUAAACAGCCCCGUGUGCCAUGGUGCCGGUGGAGGAGGAGGCCACUUCAAUGACAGGUCAGGGGCCUCAGCGGACACCUCCUUCUACGAAAAUCAGUUUAAAAAUCUGAACCUCGCUAAAGGAAUAAGCUACCUAAGCAAUAUAGCCAAGCCGCAGCAGAAAUUUACCUCCGAUGGUAGGAACAUACCAGGCAACAAGAGCAACUUUAACUUUUUCCGUAACUACGAAAAUAACCUAGCAGAGAAAAGGCAAAACAGUACAAGUGGCACAAAUCAGUACAGUAACUCCUUGCAAGGGAAGUAUGCCAAGAAGGCAAAUAUGACGAGGUCGGCAAAUAGAGACGCAGUCAAUAGAGACGUAGUGAAUAGCCAAAAUUUAGAAAGCUUUUUAAAUAACAAAGAAAUUCAAAACAUAAAUUAUAACAUCACAGGAUUUGGAAAUAACUACACAAGCGAAAUAAAUAACUUAAGAAAUAUAAAUAACGAUGAGACGUAUUGCACCUGUCUUGAUAACCUGCUACGAAAUCAUGGAAAUAUCGAUUCGAAUGAAAUGUUAAAAUAUAAUGAAAAAAAUAUCAAUUGCUUAAACGACAUAAUAUUCCUAGAUGUGUACAGAGCAUAUAACGUUUUAACUUAUAUGCAAGAAAAGGUCAACAUUAUAAUAUACACCAUAAAAAUCAUUGGGAAGAAAUUAAAAAAAAAACAUGUCCCCGAGGAAGUAGUAAUUUCUUUAGAGUUCCUAAAUUUCUGUGUCAAAAAUUUAGGCCUUUUUUUUGUUCGAUUUCUAGAUGAAAGUUUUAUGAAAAAAAUAAGUGCUCUCCUAAAAACAACAACUUUGAAAAAGUCCAUUACGAAAGAUGUUAAGUCCAAGUUAUCUAAAUUUCUCAUCGUCCCGAUCAUCCACCCAGGGGUAGCAACAGAUCCAAGACUUCAUUUCAUAAAGAGAAAAAUCCUAUUCAUGUUACAGUUAUGGCAUGAUUCUUUUAUCCUCCAUCAGCACAUAGCUGCUGCUGUUUUUAAUGAAUAUAAAUCCUUGAAGGAAAAAGGAAUUACCUUCCCAAUUAUUAAUAAGGCUGAGAAAUUUUACGUGAAAAAUGCAGACACCUCUCCCUCCUUCUCGGACGAUAAUAUACUUCACGAUUUGCCUCUAAAAUUGCCACAAAUUAACAAUAUAAUGAAAAGUUUAAAAGAAAUUAAACACAUGUAUAAUGAUGAGGAGAAAUCAAAAUGCAUUGCCAUCCUGGCCAAGUACAAAGAUCUCAUCUUCCAAAGCAUUAACAAAUUGUCCGACUACAAGGGUAACGUCAACAUCUCCGUCACGCUAAAUUCUCUUCUGUACAUUAACGACCAGAUUUGCAUUUUUGAAAAAUGGGAAAAGGAGCGAGAAAACGCGGAUGGAAGCGAAAAUGGGUUUAAGUCCACCCUGAGGGACAAGGCAACGGAAGAGGAAACCGAAAAACUUAAGCAGAAGGACAAAAAAAAGAAAAACAAAAAGAAGGAAACCUUCAACCAAUCAAAUAUUAACGAAAUUAUUUUUAACAAAUACGACCCGUGGAACACCGAAAAGAAGGAAGAUAAAAAUGAAGUGGAACAAGAAAACGACAGCUUUUUCAACGAACCGGUUGCAACAUUUACCAGCGCCACUUCCUCCAAGUUUAUGACCAAACAGACGGACACCCUAUUUAACAGUAAAGACGGUGCAUCGUAUGACAGUGAAAAUCUCUUUUCCUUUUUUGGUGACGAAUCCAUGAAACCGGAGGGGAAAACUGCACCUAAAAAGCCUAGCGAGAUGGAAGACAAAUAUAGCGUUUUCAACGAACUGAACUUUACAAAUAAUUCUGCUCAUCACUCAAGUAAUAACUUCCAACCGUCUCUGGGUAGCCUUAACGUCACUUCCCAAACCACAGCGCUCAAACGAUCGAAUCAACUACCACCCGUUCAUAUGGCGCAACAAGACGGUAACGCACCGAACAAGCCAGCAACUCGAAAUAACAAUUUUGAUAGUGACAAAGGUAGGAACAAUUUAUUACCAAAGGGGCAGGGACAAAAUUCAAAUCUCCUUUCAAACAAAGCCAAUGAUCUUCCGCCCCUUGGCCACAAUUCAUCAUUACACAAAAAUGAGAGGGAUGCAGUAGUUCCCAUCCCUGGGAAAACAACCCCCUCUUCCCAUAUUCAUAUAUUAACAAGUCAACCGGAUGAAGAGAACUUCCAAGUAGGUCUAACAAAGGACAGUUUCAAUUUGACACAAAUUGAAAUUUCUAAGCAGUCUUACUUGAGCGAGAAAAGUAGAAACCGAAACGUAGGAUAUACAGGGGACUCUCUCCCUAAUGACUCAAAUGCGAUCGCUAGGAAUGUACAAAAUGGUAGUGUAGUAAAAACUAGUGACAUAAACGACCUUUCCAAUCGAAAUAAUUCACAGAAAAGGGGACAAAAAGUCAACGUGUCCAGGGAUAGCGACCCCCCUUUUAAUGGAAUCAAUUUUGAUAAUAUAAUUGAUUCUGUAGAAACUAGCCAAAAUGUGUCCAAGCAAAAUGAACCGAAAGGUACCGAGCAGGGGAACAUCACCAAGGAGCGGCCCCUUACCAAGGAAAAUGAAGCUAACUAUGAUUAUUUAUUCGAAACGUUUGAUUUUGGCCAAACCCACAAUAACAGUGGUGAGGCGAACCUGGAGAUGAAUGCCAGUGGCGUUGCUGAAAAACAGAGCAAUUUGAAAACCCCAUCGGAAAGAAACCCCCCCGAUGUAGGGUUAGACAGAGCAAAUGAACAAACAAAUGCAAAGGGACUGUGCGACAUUACAAUCGAAAAUGUGCAUGGAGGAGUAUCUGACAUGGUGCUUGACCAAGUUAGCAAAGAGGCCACAAGUAUGAACGCAGAGCAGAACCCAGUGAGUCACACCACAGUGAAUAUGGACGAGUUGCAGAGGCACCUAAACCACUUGACCCCCGUGAGUAGCGUGAAUGAUGAGUUGCUCAAUGGAGAUAAACUUUCAUCCGACAUGCACAAAUCUGAUAGUGAUAGCCCCAAUAAUGCCUCAAAUUUGGAGGAAGAAAUCCCCAAAAAGGGUUACCACGAUGAGGGGAGCAUUGAUCAAUGCAAGGAGGAACAAGGCGUUGAAGAGAAGCACCCAGACAGUACCCCGAUAGUUCAGGAAAAAGCAAACGAAAAGGAUAAAAACGAAGACAACCCCGAUGAGGAAAGCAACGCCGAUUCGAAUGACAUAAACUUUGACGAAAUGGACGAAAUCGACGAGAUCGACGAAAUAACGAAAGCAAUAGAUGACCUCAAUGAUAACUUUGAAAAUAUGAAUAUUUAUAAAUAUGAUAAUUAA